AUGCCUGCCCCAUGCCUGCCCCAUGCCUGCCACAUGAUGCCUGCCACAUGCCUGCCACAUGCCUGCCAUAUGAUGCCUGCCCCAUGCCUGCCCCAUGCCUGCCCCAUGCCUGCCCCAUGCCUGCCCCAUGAUGCAUGCCACAUGCCUGCCACAUGCCUGCCCCAUGAUGCAUGCCACAUGCCUGCCACAUGCCUGCCACAUGAUGCAUGCCACAUGCCUGCCACAUGCCUGCCACAUGAUGCCUGCCCCAUGCCUGCCAAAUGCCUGCCCCAUGCCUGCCAAAUGCCUGCCACAUGCCUGCCACAUGCCUGCCACAUGAUGCCUGCCACAUGCCUGCCACAUGCCUAUGCCUGCCACAUGCCUGCCACAUGCCUGCCCCAUGCCUGCCACAUGCCUGCCACAUGCCUGCCACAUGCCUAUGCCUGCCACAUGCCUGCCACAUGCCUAUGCCUGCCACAUGCCUGCCACAUGCCUGCCACAUGCCUAUGCCUGCCACAUGCCUGCCACAUGCCUGCCCCAUGCCUGCCACAUGCCUGCCACAUGCCUGCCACAUGCCACAUGCCUGCCACAUGCCUGCCACAUGCCUGCCACAUGCCUGCCACAUGCCUAUGCCUGCCACAUGCCUGCCACAUGCCUAUGCCUGCCACAUGCCUGCCACAUGCCUGCCACAUGCCUAUGCCUGCCACAUGCCUGCCACAUGCCUGCCCCAUGCCUGCCACAUGCCUGCCACAUGCCUGCCACAUGCCACAUGCCUGCCACAUGCCACAUGCCUGCCACAUGCCUGCCACAUGCCUGCCACAUGCCUGCUUGGGUUCUGGAUUGGUUGGCUCCUCAGCUCUCUAG